CAGCGGGGCUGCGGGACCCAGCGGGGCUGCGGGACCCAGCGGGGCUGGUGAACCCAGCGGGGUGGUGAACCCAGCGGGGCUGGACCCAGCGGGGCUGCGGGACCCACCGGGGCUGGUGAACGCACCGGGGCUGCGGGCCCCAGCGCCCGGAACGGCAGCGGCGCGGGCGCUGUUCCCGGCCGGGCCGGCGCGGCGCUGCGCGGUCCCGCUCAGCCCGUCCCGGCCGGGCCUCCCUUCCCCAGCCCCGCAUGGCGAAGCGCAGCCCCGAGGCGGCGGGGCCGAGCCCCGCGGCCCGUAAGAAGGGCAGGAGGAGGAAGAGGAAGGCAGAGGCGGCGGGGAAAGGCCCCGGCGCGGCGGCCGCUCCUCCCCGCAGCCCCGGGGAGGUCUCCUCCAACUGGAAGGCGCUGCGGGAGCUACUGAAACAAAAGGCAGGCAGCUCCAGGGAGUCCCUCUCCGCCGGCCAAACAUGCACCGAAAAGAAGCAUCCCCUGAAGGCAGGGAAGAGCCAGGAAGGCCCCGCGGUCGGUGGGAAUGUGGUGAAGGCCAAACCCGCCCCAAAAACGGACAGGGGUUCUGCUCAAGGCAAUCCUCCUCAGCCAAGAUCCAAGGGGGCUGCAGCAGGCAAGGGUUUAAAGGGCACCACAAGCCACGGGAAAGGCUGCAAAGGGAAACAGAAGAAUGGCAAUAUUUUACAGGAGAAAGGUGAUAUCAAACAUAAGAGGAGGAAAGCUGAAGAGCACGUGGAGCAGCAACCCAAAGAGGCUGAAAUCUGGUUUGAUGAUGUCGAUCCAAAAGAUAUUGAAGCAGCAAUAGGACCUGAAGCAGCAAAAAUUGCUAGAAGAAAUCUAGGACUUGAAACAGAUGAAUCCAAAAAGGCUGUGGAGCAGAUCCUAGUUAAUGAAAAUGCAUCUGAGGGGCUGACACGGGCUGUAGCCAUGGACUGUGAGAUGGUGGGAGUGGGACCCAAGGGUGAGGACAGCAUCGUGGCUCGUGUGUCCAUCGUCAACCAGUUUGGAAAGUGCGUUUAUGACAAGUAUGUGAAGCCAACAGAAAAGGUGACAGAUUACAGGACAGCUGUCAGUGGCAUUCGCCCUGAGAAUAUAAACACAGGUGAAGAUUUUAAAACAGUGCAGAAGGAGGUUGCUGAGAUCUUGAGUGGAAGGAUUUUAGUUGGGCACGCUUUACGCAAUGACCUAAAGGUCCUGUUUCUUGAUCAUCCUAAGAAGAAAAUACGUGACACACAAAAAUACAAGCCUUUCAGAGAGAGAGUCAAGACUGGCCGGCCAUCACUGAAGCUGCUCUGUCAGAGACUGCUCAACAUUCAAGUGCAGACAUCAGAGCACUGCUCGAUUCAGGAUGCACAGGCAGCUAUGAAACUGUACACCUUGGAGAAAAAGAAAUGGGAAGCUGCUCUUAAGAACAAACCUAACAACAAAAGUGUAAAACCUGAAUGAUUUUACCUUGUGUAUUCAUCUGAACCAUUUGCUGGUUUCAUAUCUCUAAAUUUGCCCUGGAAUGUGACAACUCAGAACUGACAGCAGCUACUUCAUAAAAAACAAAAGACAACUCUUCCUCACCUGGUGCAUUGCAGCUGCCAUACUGGAAUAGUGCUGGUGUCCCUUUCUGGAUGGUGCCUCUUCUUAAUGCCUGCUAUUGUCUUUAAACACUUGUAACAAAUGCCUGCAUUUGUGAAAGACUAACACCAGUUCAGUUUCUGCAAAGGAAAUAUACACUGAAUGAUUUAAAAAAACAAGUGUUUUUAAAUUACAAUAGAUGAAGGAAGAAACUGUCAUUGCUUUGCUGAAGCUCCCAUAAAAUCUUUAUUUAAAAUAUUUUCAAGUUGACAAAGUAAGGUGAAUUAUUAAUUGUGGCUGUUGUUCUCACAGUUGUACUUAAAUCAACAGAAUAUAUAACUUUAUGUAUUGUUAAUGGUCCAAUAUUCUUCUCUCUGGUGAGAAAAGUAUUUUAAAAUAUUUCUGGAGGAUCCAGGGUUUUCUGUCUGAACCAGAAGUGGACAUGUCCUGUUCUUACACACGAAGUUUUUCUUCCAGUUUCAAAAGUGUUGCAUCCACAAGGGUCAUUAUCUCCUGGAGAGAAAUGUGAGAAUCAAAUACAAGAUUACCUUGUUGCUUUACUUAUUUUUAUAUUCAUUUAUUAAUAAAAACACCGUGUCUAA